CGGGUGCACUCUCCUUGCUGCCAUUGACUUACCUGGGGUUGAGUGGUUGUGUCCUGUUCUAUCCUUUAUUAUAAAGCAAGACCCUCACACCCUCGACAUGUUCUUCUCCACGCCUGUACACCACGCCCGUGCCACAGAGCUCCGGGAAGAUCCCCCGGCUGGAAAGCCGUAUUGUGUCACUUUACCAGGCACAGAGCAACCGGGCCGGAGUCCGAUCUAUCGUACUUGGAAUGUCACCGGGGAGCUUGUCACGACUCUCGACCCCAAGGUCCGUACGCUACAUGAGUUGUUCGAAUCGGCCGCCGCAUCUCAUCCGAAGAAUGACUGCCUGGGGCAUCGUCCUUGGAACCCGGUGACCAAGAGCUACGGACAGUAUGUAUGGAUCAACUACGAGACUGUCGAGAAGCGGCGUCUGGCGUUUGGUGCGGGAUUGGUCGAGCUGCACCUGAAACACGGCUGCCAUCGUCAGGGCCAAUAUGGCGUGGGGUUGUGGUGUCAAAAUCGCCCGGAAUGGCAGAUCACCGAUUUGGCCUGUGUGUCCCAAUCGCUUUUUUCGGUUUCCAUCUACGAUGUUUUGGCCCCGGAUGCAACCGAAUUCAUCAUCAACCACGCGGAGCUGCACUGUGUGGUCACCUCACUUCCGCAUAUACCCACCCUGCUCAAGCUCAAGCAACAGCAGAAACUGCCCAACCUCAGGAUCAUCGUCAGUGUGGACCCGCUUGACGCGGGUGACCAGCCUGGUCUAUCCAAACGGGCGGUUCUGGAGUCUAUCGCGACCGGAGAGGAUGUCACAAUCUAUACCAUGGACCAGGUCGAGGAUCUAGGCACGGCGUCGAACCGCGCAAGCAAGCCCCCUUCCACGUCGGAUAUCGUGACCAUCAACUACACGUCCGGCACGACGGGCAAUCCCAAGGGUGUCGUUCUGACCCAUGAAAAUGCCGUCUCCGCGUCAUCUGGCGCUAUCUGCAUGGGCCUGCAAGGGAAAUCCGAUACCUUGAUCUCCUAUUUGCCGCUGGCUCACAUCUACGGACGUCUGACAGAGCAUGCGGCGCUCUGGGGAGGUGGUCGGAUCGGGUACUUCCAUGGCAACAUUCUUGAACUGGUCGAUGACAUGAAGGUGUUGAGGCCUACUUUAUUCGUGUCCGUGCCCCGUCUGUUCACUCGUUUCGGGAGUGCCAUCCGCGCCGCGACAGUCGACCAGCCGGGCUUCAAGGGGGCCUUGUCCCGCCACGUUGUAGCUACAAAAAUGGCAAACAUGACCGAUGUCGCUCCUGGAAAGGCCACCACCCGACACGCCCUGUACGACCGGAUCUGGGGGAAGAAGGUAGCCGCGGCGCUUGGAUUGGACCAGGUGAGAUUCAUGUGUUCGGGCUCCGCGCCUCUGGACCCGUCGCUGCAUGGCUUCCUCCGGGUCGUCCUCAGCGCGGAUUUUGCCCAGGGCUACGGCCUGACGGAGACGUAUGCCAUCGCGAGCACUCAGUCGCAUCUGGAUCUCUCCGGUGGGAACUGCGGCCGGCUUGCCCCCUGCAUCGAGGCUUGUCUGGAAUCCUUGCCGGACAUGGAGUACUCCGUCGACGACAAGCCGUAUCCGCGCGGCGAGCUGCUCGUCCGUGGCAAGAACAUCUUCCGAGAGUACUUCAAGGACCCAGAAGAGACUGCCAAGGCGAUGACGGAGGACGGCUGGUUCCGGACGGGAGACGUCUGCACGCUCGACGAGAGAGGCCGCUUCGUCAUCAUCGAUCGCCGGAAGAAUGUCCUCAAAUUGGCACAGGGCGAAUACAUCUCCCCCGAACGGCUCGAGGGCGUCUACCUCUCGGAGCUCGGCUACAUUGCCCAAGCGUACGUCCACGGCGACAGUCUGCAAAACUUCCUGGUAGCAAUUUUCGGUGUUCAACCAGACACCUUUGCCCUGUUCGCUAGCAAGGUGCUCGGCCGCCACAUUGGACCCACGGACAUGGACGCCAUCAAGUCCGCUCUCUCAGAUGAGAAGAUCCGUAAAGCCGUGCUGAAGGACCUGGAAAAGGCUGCAAAGAAUCACAGGCUUGCCGGAUACGAGAGAAUUAAAAACGUCUCGCUCAAACUCGAGCCGUUUACAGUGGAAAACAACCUUCUGACACCAACGCUUAAAUUGAAGCGUCCUCCGACGGUAAAGGUAUUCCGCCAGCUGCUGGAUCAGCUCUAUGCUCAAGCAAUUGAGGAACAGUCUUCUCCCAGGGCUAAACUGUAGUAUAUGCUUUAUACUCGCUGCGU